GGCCGGGACGUUUUUGCCGGCGGACCCGGGCGCUGCCACGUCUGAGCGCCGCCGCCGCGGGAGCGGGAGCGGGACGAGGCCGGAGCCGCCGCCAUGGUGUCGGUCAUCAACACCGUGGACACGUCGCACGAGGACAUGAUCCAUGAUGCUCAGAUGGAUUAUUAUGGUACUCGGCUAGCAACCUGCUCCUCGGACAGAUCUGUGAAAAUCUUUGAUGUAAGGAAUGGAGGGCAAAUCCUCAUAGCUGAUCUGAGAGGCCAUGAAGGCCCUGUGUGGCAGGUUGCCUGGGCACAUCCCAUGUAUGGAAAUAUUCUGGCUUCCUGUUCCUAUGACAGGAAGGUUAUCAUCUGGAAGGAAGAAAAUGGCACUUGGGAAAAGACAUACGAGUACACAGGUCAUGACUCCUCAGUGAAUUCUGUCUGCUGGGCACCACAUGACUAUGGAUUGAUCCUGGCCUGUGGGAGUUCUGAUGGGGCCAUUUCGUUAUUGAGUUACACAGGUGAUGGACAGUGGGAAGUAAAAAAGAUCAGCAAUGCACAUACCAUUGGGUGUAAUGCUGUUAGCUGGGCCCCUGCUGUUGUACCUGGAAGCCUUAUAGAGCAGCCAUCAGGCCAAAAACCAAACUACAUCAAAAGGUUUGCAUCAGGUGGCUGUGACAACCUUGUCAAGAUCUGGAAGGAGGAGGAUGGCCAGUGGAAGGAAGAACAGAAGCUGGAGGCUCACAGUGAUUGGGUCCGAGAUGUAGCUUGGGCACCCUCCAUAGGCUUGCCAACAAGUACCAUGGCUAGCUGUUCACAGGAUGGCAGAGUGUUUAUCUGGACAUGCGAUGAUGCCUCUGGCAACUCAUGGUCACCAAAGUUGCUACACAAGUUCAAUGAUGUUGUCUGGCACGUUAGCUGGUCUAUCACUGCAAACAUUCUUGCUGUGUCUGGAGGAGACAACAAAGUCACUCUAUGGAAGGAGUCCGUAGAUGGAUUGUGGGUGUGUAUCAGUGACGUCAAUAAAGGCCAGGGAGCUGUGUCUGCUAUUACAGAGGGUCAGCAGAAUGAACAGUGACAACUGGAUUAACAGCAGCCUAGGCACAACGUGGGGGACUACGAUCACUAAAUCCAAUUUGGCUGGCCUUUCUCAAUCUGAUAUCCAAUCUGAUGAGCAUUCUGUAACCAUUAUUGAUAAACUACAGUGAUCGUCAGCCUUAAUUGACAUUUGUCUGAAAUUAAAGAUGAACUACAUUUGAAAAUGCAGUACUCUGUACUGUUUCUCCAUUAUAUGUAAUCCCCUCAUCACAGGAUUGAGUUCUCUCAGAUGUACCAGGAUCCGACUUCCUUUUUUGCUGAAGGACUUUGGCACGUGAGAGUGGGGCCAUCACUGCUCAGCACUGAACUGCGAGUUGUAGCUCUCCCAGAUCAUAUUAGAAAGACAUGAUGUACGUAUCUAUGCAAAGUCCUGCAUCCCCUUCUUUGGGGAGCUGGGAGAGCUUUCAGCUUCAGCUGUGAUCUCACCAUCCAACUCCUCCAAGGCCUUGAGCAGAAAGAGGAACUCAGAUUUCAGUUCUUUGAUGAAAGCAAGUUGGGAGGGAGGGAAGCCAAGAGACAGCUUUCCCAUGGAAAGGAGCAGCAAGGUGUGCACAAGAGUGUUUUUGAUUUACAGUCCAUUAACUUGGUUAAAAGCUCUUAUUUAAAAAUCAGCCUCUAAAUGAUCUUAAAACUUAGAUGUUAAACUGUUUCUUUUUUUAGCUACUUUUGUGUACUGGACCUCAGGUAACACUGUACUGUGUUUAGGUUUGAAUUACAAAAAGGAAUAAAGUCCUAUUGGUUAC